AAAUUCUAUAAAUCAAACGGGGCCCUACAGUUUAGGAAACGCACGACUGUGCAAAGGGCCGCGACCAAGCUAGAGGUACGCUAUUACGGGCCAUACCAGGUUCUGAAGCGCAUAGGACAAGUAGCUUAUCGCUUAGAGCUGCCGAAAAGCUCGCACAUACACCCAGUCAUACAUGUCUCGCAGCUCAAGAGGAGCUUAGGAGAAGCGCAAAAGUGGUGCGAGGAGUUACAGGCGACCGCAGCCGGUGGGUGGGUCAUCGUACGACCGAGCUGUGCGAUCGAGUAUCGCCAAGUUAAAAAAUCUGGACACUACCGUUGGGAGGUAUUAGUUGAGUGGGAGGAAUUGCCGUCGGAGGAGGCCACUUGGGAAGAUUUAGAUGAGAUACGCGAGCAAUUCUCAGAUUUCGUCCUUGAGGACAAGGAAACACUUGAAGGGGACGAGAAUGAUGCGGAUGUGGGGCGACAAUUCAAGAACGCCUUGAGCCGCGCCUAUCAUGCGCGCAGGAGGCUAGCCCAACGCGCAGGUGAAACGCAGGCGAUCGAUGGAGGCGCGUGCGAUGUGCGCGAGACUAGCGACCCGACGCCGACGGAUGCCAUUCCGAGCAGCUCACGCGUCCAGCUCUUCCCGCCGGCGAGCUCACAUCCAGCCGAGCUCACGCGUCCUGCUCAACCACAAGCCCAUUUUCGCAGCAGCCCUUCCAGCUCCACGACAUCGCGACGAGCAGCAAGCCCGACCAAAAGCCCGCAGCUCGAACCCGCAAUUCCGGUCAUCUUCUCCGGCGACCUCGCAGCAAGCUCGCGACCAGCGCCCUUCCAGCUCCACGACCCCGACGAGCAGACCAGCAGGCCAGCAAGCUCCACCACGCCGGUUUUUCCGCCGGCGAGCUUGCGACCCAGCCCAGCAGCCGACGAGCUCCCUCACGCAACCGCGACCCGCGACCCGAACUCCGGCAAGCUCGUCCCAGUGUCGUCUUCCUCAGCUCAGUCCCGGCGAGCUCGUCCCAGCCACGACCACGAGCCUAGCGCCCCUUUUCCGGCCACCAGCUCCUCAGAUCCGCAAGCCCGACCCGGUUCCAAGCCCCAGCAGCCCUUAGAUCCGAACCACUUUGGGUUCUUUGACCCGGUCAACAGCCCAAAUCCGGUUCAAACAACUCCUAGUUGGACCGGUCCGGCCCGACCGGCUUGUUGCUCCGUUUUUCUUCCGUUUUCUAGUCCGAUCCGUUCGUUUCCGAUCUC